CAUUAAUUUCUUUAUGUUAAACUGGCUCAGUAUGAAUGGUUAUUAGUUAAGUCGUGGGCUAGAGCGAAUGAACAUGUCUCUGAUACACGAUAAGUUACUUUUUGGGGUUCCCAAUAUUUCGGCAUAUGCAGAUCCCAGAUUGGAGAAUUAUCCUUUGAUGGGUUCUCCAUUCCAAAUUAUAAUGAUACUAACAACUUACGUAGUAUUUGUUAAGAAGACUGGACCAGCGUUAAUGAAAGAUCGUCCACCCAUGAAGCUGGACAAAGUUAUUAUGGUGUACAACUGGGUCCAAAUAAUACUGAACACUGCUGUGUUUCUGAUUGCAAUAGUAGAAUGGAACAAUUUUAGCUUCGUCUGUUCUCCAAUGGAUCAAAGCCACAAUCGUCUAGCUAUAAAGAUAAUGCAACUACAGUACAGCUACACGUUGCUGAAAUUCUUGGAUCUUCUAGACACGGUUUUCUUCGUUCUUCGGAAGAAAGACAACCAGGUUACUUUUCUUCAUCUGUAUCAUCAUCUAUUGAUGGCUAGUUUUGGGUGGGUUGGGUGUAAGUUCUUCGCAGGUGGCCAGGUUUAUUAUCUGGGGAUUGUCAAUUUACCAGUGCAUUCGGUGAUGUACUUUUACUAUUUUCUAACGGCUUGGGAUUCUUCUUACAAGCAGAGCAUCUGGUGGAAGAAGCAUCUGACCCAGCUUCAAAUAGUUCAGCACCUGUUUGUUUUUACGGCAUUUCUAAUACCAUUUUUGAACCCCAAUUGUUCCUACCCAAAAACACUGCUGGGGGUGUACUUAAUCAACGCAGUUGUGAUGAUCUACUUGUUUUCUAAAUUUUACGUCAAGACUUACAUUAAGAAGAAGGAAAAAGCGCAGUAAGAUUGUAUUGGGCUGAAUUGUGUUGAUUUUUAUUUAUUAUUUGCGAUAGACGUCUGUACAUUUUUAGUUGUUCAAUGAAAAAUUAAACACA